GGAAUAUAACAAUCAAUCAAGCAUCUAUCUUAUUCUCUUGCUGCAAGAAUCACCAAAAGAAAAUAUGGAGAAGAAAGUCCUGGGUUUUCCUUGGUCUAUUGAUCUUGGGGUUGUGGGUUUUGUGAUUUUGGUUGCAACUGCAUACGCUGUGGAGGCAAUGACAUGCCAGCAGGCCAUAACCACAUUGAUGCCUUGCCAGCCUUUCUUGACGGGCGCAGCACCCGCACCCAUUUUCCCUUGCUGCUUAGCCGUGACUACUGUGAACACUGCGGCAACCACCACUCAAGCACGCAGGGACCUGUGUGAAUGUUUCGAGAAGGCUGCCCCAGCUUUCGGGGUUAAGCCUGAGAAAGCUAAGCAGCUUCCCCAGUUGUGUGGCGUUACCGUCUCCGUGCCCAUUGAUCCCACCAUCAACUGCAAAGACAUCCAGUAAGCUAUGAAAUGGAAUUAUGCCGCUGCCACCAAGAAUAAAAGCGUGAAGAGCAGCAAAGUACCUUCAAAAGAAAACAAUCUCUUUUGUAGUAGAAGAAUUUAAUUCUCUUUUAGUAUGUUUGAAGAAGAAAUUUAUGAAUAGAAAUGCUUCAUCCUUUCUUCAAAA